GUCUACAAUAGGGCACGUGAUUCUGACCACCUCCGGGGUGGGCGGUGAAAAGAAAACAAAACAAGUUAUACUGCUCUUUGAUACUUAGACAAAGCACAUGACUUAUUACAGAUGACUUAUGACAAUGUCAAUCAUACAAGUGACAGGCACCGGCAAGUCGUUUGCCAAUGACAGGACGCCAUUCUAUGGCGUUAGGGUUCCAACUGAAAUUAAGACAAUGAUUAAACCAUUAUCAAAAUUAGACAAAAAUAUUUUCAGGAAAAUACUCGUUUUAAUAGUGACAGCCAUUGAAGGGAAAGAAGUUGAAUAUAAACAGUUGAAAGAGCUAGAAAGUAAAGACUUUAGCGAAGAAGUUUUAAGCAUUAUAUACUCAGGAUUACUCAAACUGCUACAAAACGCUCUCCGAGUGCCACUAGAAUCCUUGAAACAAGAGUUAUUCAAAGAAGAUUUGCAUGAAUUACAAAUUCCAGAAGAUUUCCAGACAGAUUUAGCAAGUGUGGUCUUUGGAAAUAGGAGAUCAACAAUUGACAGAGUUUCUAUAUUGUCCAGACCGCGUCUUCCUCAGAUAGACUGUCUGAAGUGGCGAGUCGAUGUAGGCAUUUCAACGAGUGUCUUAAAUAGGGUGCUGGAGCCAACUGUGCUAAUGGAGAUGACAUUAUCAGAUGGAAACAUUCACACAUUUGAGGUACCUGUCUCAAAAUUCCAUGAACUGCGCUACAACGUUGCAUUUGUUCUGAAGGAAAUGGAAGACUUGGAGCAGCGAAAUGUCCUAAAGAUCAAAGACUGAAAAUAAAUCACUAUUGUAUAGUCUUAUCAUCUGUGUACAUAGUUAUUCAUUUUCACAUUAUUUUAAUUAUACAUCUAAUUAAGUAGUGUUUAUUUUGAGAAAUAAUUUAAUGGCUCCGUCUGAUUAAUAGGACUUUAUAAUUAAAUACCCAUAGACAACACGGAUUUUAUUAUAAUAUUGUAUUGUUUUAUUAUUGACAAAACUUACAAGGAUGUUUCUAUAUGCAACACUGAUAGCAAGACUGCUUGGCAUUAUGUUGUGAUUCUUUAUAAAGAUUGUUUCCUUGUGGCUACACUCUGCUUGUUUAUUUCUCUAUUUUGCAACAGAAAAACUGUUUCUUAUCUGAAGAAAUAAUCAUUUGUUAUAAUUUACAUUAAGCUUUCUGCAUUAUGUUUGUUGACAAAUGUAACAGUCAUCAUCAUUUCAUUGUGUUUGUUUUACAAACAAUUAUGUUGUAAGACUGAUUAGAAACAUGUGCUUGGCUAGAUAGCUGCAUAUGUGAUGACAAGUAUGAUUUAAUUACUGUUUAACUGUAUGAUGAUUAUUAUGAAAUCAUAUUGAUUCGUUUAUUUUCUUGCAAAAAAAAUUCAGACCCUGCACGAAAUGUAUGAGAACACCAUACUAAAUAAGACGUGAAUGAUAGUAGCAGCUUUGAAAUUCAUCAUGCCAUUCCACAUACCUAGUUAUUAAAGAAAAAAUAAUUAUUUGUAUGAAUUUUAGGGAUAACCCUCAAAUGUGUUUGUAAAAAUAGUGAAUAGUAUGUUUGUUUUGUUUAAACAACUGUUCUGUCAGGAAAUUCACAUAUUUACAUGUAUUACUUAAACAUCAAUUAAUUAAAAAAUAAAAUUAUGUAUACACA